UCACUUCAUCAUCACCCCCAUAUAAUCUCCCGAACACACCAGAGCAACGAGAGCAUCAUCAGUCAUCACUCUCUCUCUCUCCCUCUCUCUGUGAUCGCCAGCAAUGGGACUCUGCUGCUCCAGAUCCCGGGACAUCCCCAUCCCUUCUUCUUCCUCGGAGUCUUUCCCUCGUCAACCCUUGAAACAGUCCGGAAAAUCCCAUCCACCGCCACAACCGCAGCCAAGGCCACACUGGCAACCGCCGCCUUCACGUUCACUCACCAAGCAGCCCCAGCCGUCCUCCCAGAUCGGCCGCAUCCUCGGCAAGCCCUACGCGGACGUAAAGUCCCUGUAUAACGUGGACGGCGAACUCGGCCGUGGCCUGUUCGGGGUUACCUACCUCUGCACGGAGCGCUCGACCGGCAUCCAGUACGCGUGCAAGUCCAUCUCGCAGCGCAAACUGAUAACCGACAAGGACAUCGGGCACGUCCAGCAAGAGAUCCUGAUACUGGAGCACCUGUCCGGGCAGCCCAACAUCGUGGAGUUCAAGGGCGCGUACGAGGACCCGGAGUACCUCCACCUGGUCAUGGAGCUUUGCUCUGGCGGCGAGCUCUUCGACCGGAUCAUCGCCAAGGGGUCGUACUCGGAACAGGAGGCGGCGAAGAUCGGGCGGCAGGUAGUGAACGUGGUGCACGUGUGCCACUUCAUGGGGGUGAUGCACCGCGACCUCAAGCCCGAGCACUUCCUGCUCGCCAACAAGAGCGAAGACGCCCCUCUCAAGAUCGCCGGCUUUGGCCUCUCCGUCUUCAUCGAACGAGGGAAGGUGUAUAGGGACACUGUGGGAAGUGCGUCCUAUGUUGCACCGGAGGUGUUGAAUCAAAAUUACGGGAAGGAAAUCGAUGUCUGGAGCGCAGGCGUCAUCUUAUACAUCCUCCUUUCUGGUUCACCUCCCUUCUGGGCAGAGAACGAGAAGGAUACAUUUGGAGAAAUAUUGGCAGGCAACCUAGAUCUACAAAACCAUCCUUGGCCAUCCAUUUCCCCUUCAGCAAAGGAUCUCAUCAAAAAAAUGUUGACGAGGGAUCCUAAGAAAAGGAUCACCGUCACAGAUGCCCUUGAACAUCCUUGGCUCCGGGAAAAUGGAGUGGCAUCUGAUAAACCUAUGGACAAUGCUGUCUUGCGGAGGAUGAACCAAUUUAGAGCGUCGAACAAGCUGAAGAAACUUGCUCAGAAGGUAAUUGCGCAAAACCUCACGGAAGAAGAAAUCAAGGGCUUGAGACAAAUGUUCAGCAACAUGGACACCGACAACAGUGGUACGAUCACAUUUGAAGAAUUUAAAUCGGGAUUGUCUAGGUUGGGAUCAAAGCUCUCUGAACCAGAAGUAAGGCAGCUAAUGGAUGCUGCCGAUGUCGAUAAGAGUGGGACCAUCAAUUACACCGAAUUCAUCACUGCCACGAUUAACCGCCACAGGCUUGAGAAGGAAGAAGAUCUGAUCAAGGCUUUCCAAUACUUCGAUAAAGACAACAACGGGUUCAUCACGAGAGACGAGCUGAGACAAGCUAUGGCACAAUACGGAAUGGGGGACGAUGUCACCAUAGACGAGAUCAUCGAGGAUGUCGACACAAACAAAGAUGGGAAUAUCAACUACGAGGAGUUUGUGGCCAUGAUGAGAAGAGGAACUCAAUAUCGUGAUGGAAACGGGAGAUAGGAGGAAAGGUUGAUGAAUAAUUAUUUGCUCUCCUUUUGUACAUCCAUCUCUAUAAUUAAGCCUAUGUAGACAAUAUGCAGUAUUAUUAUAUGGCGACAUCUGAAUAUUGCGAUGUGACGCACAAUCCAAUGCAUUCCGGCACAACGAAUUAUUCCAAAUUAUUAUGUUGUAUGAAAUCGUCAAUCAUGUGAGAAUUGGAAUGCAAAAUAUAUAUUUUCCCUA